AUGGACGGGCCGACGCUGCUCGCCUCCGACGCCCGUGAAGAGCUCGAAGAGGCCGCGCCGUCGCCGCUGCGCACCAAGGCCAUGAGUCUCGCCGUUGGUGCGAUUGGCCUCGGUAAGUUGCAUCUCUGGAUCUGGUACCACAAGGCCAAUGCGUCGGCGCCAGAGACAUCGCCGCUUCUCGGAUCCCGCUUGACGGACGCCACAGGCCGCAAUGUGGCGCGCCGCCUGCGCGCGUUGGGAGACCGCAUGUGGCAACUCCCAAUCCCACUCCUCUUUAUGGAGAUUUCCAAGGACACACUGCUCCCAAGUGCGCUCUUUGCGUUCUGUGGACGCUACUACACUGCUAUCGCCCGUCAGGAAGACGAGGUAUCCGACGUUGACUACGUUGUGGGACUGGUGACGCUGCCCCGCAUCGGUCGCUGGCUCGAGGCGACCAACCGCUUCACUGCGUCCCUCGCCUCGCUCCUCCUUGUCUCCACUGCCGCCAAUAACCUCUUGGCGAUGCUGGCGGAUGCCAUCGGGCAGGUCUUGGACGCCGCACAAGCCUUGGCGGUCGAGAAGGACUGGGUCGUCGUCGCGGAACACAACCUUGCGUCGCAUCGACCUUACCAGCGCCGACUUUGCGACACGAGUUGCCUCGUCGGCGCGGCCGCUGUCGGUACCACGCCACUGGAGUACGCCAUGGUGCGGGACGUCAACACGUGGGUGCCAACCCUAUGUGCAUCGACCGAGGUGGCGACGGUCCCAGCCAGCGAGACCCUCAGGGCGCAGAUAACAGUCAGCGGCCUCAACAUCGCCUACCACCAGUGGCGCGGACUCCCCGCCUCUCUUCUCGGCGCUAGCCUCGGCGCGCUCGCUGGCUUGGUCGUUACGCUCGACUUUCCGGCAAUCAAGCGACGUUGGGGCGCCGCGGCCGUGGUGCUUGUUAGCGUCUGGCUCUUCUGGCUCACGCUGCUACCGGUCGGCCUCUCGUACAUUGCCUUUGGAGAGACGCGGACGACGGAUAUCGUCAUGGUCGUCGCCGUCCUCGUCUCGCGCGAGCGCGUCCACGAGUCGACGCGCGGCGCCAUCGAUGCGAUGCAGACCGCCACGUCCAAGAUCUUUUACAUUGCGAUCACGCUCGCGUUCGUCUCGCUCGGCGCCGUCGGCAGCGCGGCGCUAGGCAUUAGCCUCUAG